UCGAUACUAUAAAAGAGCUGUUUUCUUUGUGACUUGUAUCAGUUAACAGUCUGACCUCAUUGGACUAACUACAACAUAACAAUGUUCUUUAAGGUCGUGAGUCUUCUGGCUUUAGCCACCGCGGUGGUCGCUCAACACGGUUACGGGCACGCUCACUCCUCGCAGCACAUCUCCAAGCACGACGGACACCCGCACGUGGUCACUAUCCACGACCACCAUGGUCAUGAGAAGCACGUCGACUAUUACACUCAUCCAAAAUACGAGUUCGAGUAUAAAGUAGAUGACCAUCACACGGGCGACCACAAGACGCAGCACGAGCACCGCGACGGCGACGUCGUCAAGGGCUUCUACAGCCUGCACGAGCCCGACGGCUCCAUCAGACACGUCCACUACCACGGCGACAAGCACUCCGGAUUCCAUGCUGACGUAAAACACAGCACGCAUCACAUCGUAUUGUGCGUCGCAGCCGUUUUGGGAGUGGUGGCGGCCCAGCACGGACACGGCCACGCAUACUCCUCACAGCACAUCUCCAAGCACGACGGCCAUCCCCACGAGGUCGUCAUCCAUGAUCACCACGGACAUGGAAAGCACGUCGAUUACUAUACUCAUCCAAAAUACGAGUUCGAGUAUAAAGUAGAUGACCAUCACACGGGCGACCACAAGACGCAGCACGAGCACCGCGACGGCGACGUCGUCAAGGGCUUCUACAGCCUGCAUGAGCCCGACGGCUCCGUCAGGGACGUACACUACCAUGGCGAUAAGCAUACUGGGUAA